GAGCCGGGCCAGCAGCGCGCAGCCAUGGCCGGGGCGCGCCCGGGGGUGCACGCGCUGCAGCUGGAGCCCCUGCGCGUGCCGGAGACCCUCAUCAAGGGCAGCAAGUUCAUGAAGUGGGACGAGGAGCCCACGAGCCGAGCGCUGGUGACCCUGCGCGUGGAUCCGCAAGGCUUUUUCCUCUACUGGACCGGCCCGAGUUUGGAAGUGGAUGUUUUGGAUAUCAGCUGCAUCCGAGACACGCGGAACGGACGCUAUGCCAAGCUGCCCAAGGACCCCAAGAUUCGGGAAACUCUGGGCUUUGGAGGCCCAGAGCAACGGCCCGAGGAGAAACUUUUAACAGUGGUUCACGGACCUGACUUGGUCAACGUGAGUUUUCUCAACUUCAUGGCAGUUGUCCAAGAUAAUACAGCAAAGGUAUGGACUGAGGAACUGUUCAAACUCGCUACCAACAUCCUAGCUCAAAACGCUUCUCGGAAUACCUUCCUGCAAAAAGCCUACACCCGGCUGAAAAUCCAGGUUAAUCAAGAUGGGAGGAUCCCUGUCAAGAAUAUUCUCAAAAUGUUCUCAGCUGACAAGAAGCGAGUGGAGACAGCCCUGGAAUCUUGUGGCCUGAACUUCAACAGGAGCGAGUCGAUCAAACCGGAGGAGUUCACUUUGGAGAUCUUUGAACGCUUCCUGAACAAGCUUUGCCUUCGUCCCGACAUUGACAAAAUCCUGCUGGAAAUCGGAGCCAAGGGAAAACCGUAUCUGAGCCUAGACCAGCUGAUGGAGUUUAUCAACCAGAAGCAGCGAGAUUCCCGGCUGAACGAGGUCUUGUACCCCCCUCUGACGCGGGCACAAGUGCGCCAACUGAUCGCCAAGUACGAACCCAACCAGCAGUUCCAGCAACGGGAUCAGAUGUCCCUGGAAGGAUUUGGGCGCUACCUGGGGGGUGAAGAGAACACCAUUGUGCCCCCUGAAGAGCUGGACCUGUGCGAUGACAUGACCCACCCGCUGAGCAGCUACUUCAUUAAUUCUUCACAUAAUACCUACCUCACAGCUGGGCAGCUGACGGGCAAUUCUUCUGUGGAAAUGUACCGGCAGGUGCUCUUAAGUGGGUGCCGAUGCAUCGAACUUGAUUGCUGGAAGGGACGUCCCCAAGACGAAGAGCCUUUCAUCACCCAUGGCUUCACCAUGACGACAGAAAUCCCCUUCAAGGAAGUCAUCGAGGCCAUUGCGGAAAGUGCGUUCAAGACGUCGCCCUUCCCCGUCAUCCUUUCGUUUGAGAACCACGUUGAUUCAGCGAAGCAGCAGGCCAAGAUGGCCGAAUACUGCCGAAGUAUUUUCGGAGACGCCCUGCUUAUUGAUCCCUUCGAAAAAUAUCCGCUUCAGCCCGGCGUGCCCUUACCGAGCCCCCAGGAAUUAUUGGGGCGUAUUCUGGUGAAAAACAAGAAGCGUCGCACCCACACCAAGGGGACGGAAGGGAGUGUACGGAAGCGGCUUCUGGAGCAGACACCCAGCUGCUACAGUGAUUCAUCGGGGGUGGGUGAGCCCGGCUCUCCUGCCCUGGGGUCUCCCUUUGCCGAACAGCCCGAGAUCCUUUCCUCGAUCCUGACCAAUGGGGAGGAGAAGGCUUCUGACAGGAUGACAAAACUAGGGGAACCCCGCAAAUCUAUCGACCGGGAGGCUGAAAGUGAGGAGGAGGAGGAACAGCAAGAUCCCAAAAAACCCACAACCGAUGAGGGCACUGCGAGCAGCGAGGUCAAUGCCACGGAAGAGAUGUCCACGUUGGUGAACUACAUCGAACCAGUCAAGUUUAAAUCCUUUGAGGUGGCCUGCAAACGCAACAAAUCUUACGAAAUGUCUUCGUUUGUGGAGACCAAGGGCCUGGAGCAGCUGACCAACAGCCCCAUGGAAUUCGUCGAAUACAACAAGAAGCAGCUAAGUCGAAUCUACCCCAAAGGGACCCGUGUGGAUUCCUCCAAUUACAUGCCCCAGCUAUUCUGGAACGCUGGCUGUCAGAUGGUGGCCCUCAAUUUUCAGUCCCUGGACUUGCCGAUGCAGCUGAAUCUGGGCAUCUUCGAAUACAACCGCCGGAGCGGCUACUUGCUCAAGCCUGAAUUUAUGCGACGGCCGGACAAGUUUUUCGACCCGUUCACCGAAGACAUCGUCGACGGCAUCGUGGCCAACACGGUCAAAGUGAAGAUUAUAUCCGGGCAAUUCCUGUCUGAUAAGAGGGUUGGCAUCUAUGUCGAGGUGGACAUGUUCGGGCUGCCAGUGGACACCAAGCGCAAAUUCCGCACCCGGACCUCACAGGGCAACUCUUUCAACCCGGUUUGGGACGAGGAGCCGUUUGUCUUCCACAAGGUUGUGCUGCCAACUCUCGCCUCGCUGCGCAUCGCUGUUUUUGAGGAGGGGGGCAAAUUUGUGGGCCAUCGGAUCUUGCCCGUCUCCGCCAUCUGCGCAGGGUACCACUAUAUUAGCCUGCGCAGCGAGAGCAACCAGCCCCUGUGUCUCCCAGCCCUGCUGGUCUAUACAGAAGCUUACGACUAUAUUCCCGAUGAUCAUCAAAAUUACGCCGAGGCUUUGAUUAACCCAAUUAAGCAUGUCAGCUUAAUGGACCAGCGGGCCAAGCAGUUGGCCGCUCUGAUGGGGGAGAGUGAGGAGAACAUAGAGAAGCCGAAACAGGAGGCCCUGUUGAGGACCCCCUCCUGUGCCACCAUGGGGCCAGCCCGAGAGGUGCAGAAACCCCUCCCGGAUGUGCUGCCCCCAACUCGGAGCCCCAGCAUUGUCCCCAGUCAAGGGCAGAGAGAUGACUUGAUUGCCAGCAUCUUGGCAGAGGUCUCCCCUCCGACUGUGGAAGAACUGAGGCAGCAAAAGACUUUUAUGAAGCUUCUGAAAAAACAGUACCGUGAGCUGAAGGAGCUCCGUCGGAAGCACAUGAAGAAGAUUUGCAGUCUCAACAAGAAGCAGAGUGCGCAGCUGACAUUGGAAAGAAACCGGCUGCGCAGCCGGGAAGGGUCUCAAAGCUCUUUAGAGGGAGCGCGGCAAGGGCAGGAACGCGAGGAAACUCAGAGGAAGCUGGAUCUGCAGGAGUGGCAGAUGCAGGGGCUGCUCCGGCUGCGCGAGGCUCAGCACCAGCUGGAGAGGGAACUGAAGCGAGAUCACCUGCGCCAGGCCCAACACCGCUUGAGAGAGAUUUCUCAGGAUUACCAAACUGCUCAGUUGAAGAAGCUGAAAGAAACGAGUGAAAAGGAGAAGAAGGAGCUGCAGAAAAUCCUGGAUCGAAAACGGCACAACAGUAUCACUGAAGCGAAAUCCCGCGAGAGGACCAAAAAGGAUGUGGAGCUAACAGAGAUAAACAGAAGGCACAUCACUGAGUCCGUAAACUCCAUUCGCAGGCUUGAAGAGGCUCAGAAACGACGCCAAGAAAAGCUACUUUUGGGGCACCAGGAAAUACAGCAGUUGAUUGAAGACGAGGAGCCACAGUUGAUAGCCCAGCUGGAACAAGAGUGCAAGGUGGAGCGUUUGUCGUUGACCCAAGAAAUUGGCCGUUUCCUGCAGGAAGAACUCGAUGGGGGGGUCAGCAACGGACACCCCCCUGGGACCAGCGUUAGCUCCUUGCCCGCCCAAGACGAGCUGACGGUCCUGUGAACCGGCGGGGAGCAAGCAACGUCAGCGAACGCCGGCCGGCCGCAAAAGAGAAACGCAGGAGGCAGCUCUGCAUCUUAAAAAUGCAUGCGUGGGGCAGAGCCGGCAGAAAAACACACUAAAGGCGCUCCUUGUUUUCUUUCCUUUCCUUUUUUUAAAAUUUUAUUUUUUUAACUUUUUUUAAAUUGCUAACUUUAAUUUGUCUCCUGCUUCUCAGUUACAAAUUGAGACUGGAGAAAGACUCCGGGGAAAUGUUUUGGGAGGCAGGGGGUGAGUGUUGGACAAUCCCACCCCCUCCAAAAUGUAUGCACGCACACCCACGCCUACAUCCAUGCAUGCACACCUUUGUGGCGGUGGAGAAGGGACGCAUGCACCAUAAUUCCCUGUAAUUAAUGCACUAUUUGUGAUGAGGGUGAUCCAUUCCCCCUUGGUGAUCCUUUU